ACAAAAAGCUACAUUUCCGGAGUACUUGUUUAAUGGUCCCACGUGGAGGCAGCAGGAGAAGUUUCAGGCAUGGAGGCGUUGGAUCGAGUAGAAAAACCCAAAACCAAGAGGGCAAAAAGGUUUCUUGAGAAAAGGGAGCCAAAGGUGACAGAAAAUACCAAGAAUGCUAUGCUCAUAAAAGGUGGAAAUGCAAAUACAACCAUCACCGAAGUACUAAAAGACAUUUAUUCUUUGAAAAAGCCAUUUGCUGUGCUAUAUAAGAGAAAAAAUAUUACAAGACCCUUUGAAGAUCAAACUUCAAUGGAAUUUUUUUCCAAGAAGUCUGAUUGCUCUUUGUUCAUGUUUGGAUCACAUAACAAGAAGAGGCCUAAUAACCUGAUAAUAGGUCGCAUGUACGAUUAUCAUGUGCUUGAUAUGAUUGAACUGGGCAUUGAAAAGUUUGUAGCUCUGAAGGAUAUCAAGAACAGCAAGUGUCCUGAAGGAACAAAACCCAUGUUGAUCUUUGCGGGUGACACUUUUGACAUCAGUGAAGAACACAGGCGAUUAAGAAGCCUUCUCAUUGAUUUCUUCAGAGGCCCAGUGGUGCCCAGUGUACGCCUGGCAGGCUUAGAGCAUGUUCUUCAUUUCACUGCCGUGGACCAAAAAAUCUUCCUGAGGAGUUACAAAGUAUUGUUGAAAAAAUCAGGCUGCAAAAUACCAAGGAUUGAACUUGAAGAUAUGGGGCCCUCAAUAGACUUGGUGAUGAGGAGGACACACUUGGCAUCAGAUGACCUUUAUAAAUUAGCUUUAAAGCAGCCAAAAGCUCUUAAGCCAAAGAAGAAGAAAAAUAUCUCCCAUGAUGUUUUCGGUACAAAAUACGGGCGGAUCCACAUGCAGAAACAAGAUCUAAAUAAACUGCAGACACGAAAAAUGAAAGGUUUGAGGAAAAGACCAAAUGAAAAGAAGACUGAAAGCGAAGAGAAUCCAAAGAAACCAAAACUGACUGGACUGGACAAUUGAGUUGCCUCAUACUAGAUUUUAACUCACGAGCUUGUAAUACUUUUUAAUUACAAAAAGUUAGGAUGUUUUUUCAAAGAAGGAAAUGUCUAUGAAUUGGUUAAUAUUCUGGGAUUUUAUUUUAUUUUUGAAUACGUACAAAUCACUUCUGUAACGGUUUCCAGUCAAUUACCUCCUCUCUUCUUCAUUCUUUUCUCAGUCCUUUUUGUUAACUUUUCAAAAUGUGGUGUCUGUUUUAAAAACUGAUGUAUGGCUAUUGACAUAAGUGUUUUGGAAUUAUUAUUAUUUUAAAUUAUCAAAUACUUAACUUUGCCUGUGGGAGAAUAGUGACCUGUUUUCUUGGGGAAAACAAUUAAAUUUAUUCAAACCGCUUAAUAAAAGAAUCAGGAAAUUGGCUCA